GAGUACCUAUAAUAAGCGAUCAUCAGCCGUUUGUGAUAGAUAUGUUCGAUGGAGUAUUUAUUCUCGAUAGUAAUCGCGUGAUGGCACCUUCUUUUAAUAUGACUACCUGGAAUGAGACCUAUAAUGCGUUACGUGAAGUUUAUCGGAUCAAAAAGGAGGCUGUCGUUAAAUUUGUCAGGAGCAUCAUAUGGGAAGACACCAGCUAUCUAUUAGUGUGUUAUGAGCCCAGUCUAUGCAGUAUUCACACGGCAAAAUCGAAUCAGCCGUUGCGGUUCCGUCAUACCAUUGGAUACAAAGGAAUCCCUGUAGAUGCUAAAUUUUUCACACAAGCCGAUCAACUUUAUCUGAUCAUCGUCAAUAACAAAUUUCCUGUACCAUCCGUGAUCUACCGAUGGAGCGGCACGUACAUGGACGUCAUCGACGAGGUGAUGACGACCGGCGCAAUAUCGGUCACCGCGUUCGAGUACCGGCGAUCAACGAUCAUCGUGUUCGCCCAGAGCUAUGCCGAGAAUCCGUGGAUCGGUUCCGAAGUGUACGAGUUCAAGGACAAUAACGUCGUGAGGAUACAAUUACUAUCCACUGCCGAUGCAUCACAUCCGAUAUCGGACAUUGUCUGGAACCUGGAAUAUGUUUUGUUGCCAGGAGGAGAAUUACUGGAUUGGUUCAGCCUUUCUGACAUAGAACCGCAUAGCUUGAUAAGUAUUUUUCACAUGGACGGCGAUACUUUUGUAAUUGUAGCGCACGAUAAUAUUGUCCAGCUAUAUAAAUUUCAUAGUACGUCCGAUUGGAAAAGCGAGAACAUUAAACUCUUUAAGAAUAAUCAAAAAAUAGUCGACAUGAUGGUCUCAUUGAACGAAUAUACGAUAAAUUUAACAUUGAUCCUCGCAGAAAAAAACGUAUAUUGGGUAGAACAAUGGGUAGUUGAGAUGACUUCGGUACCUGUAGAUAACGUGAAUAAUUCCGAUGCAACAAGAAAAUGUUUAGCGGACCUGAUCGAAACAUUACAAGCGAGAAUGCCAGCUGUAAAAGAAGCUAAUGCUUCCUGGGAGUUUCUCUUACCAGCUGCGAAGAAUUUGACAAUUUUAGAACCAGUGAAUUUUGAUAGUUUAACCUUGCAAUUCGGUACGGUGGACAGUGCAGAGGUUAUUACUGAAAAAGAUAUCCUACCACCUCAUCAAAUUGAGAAUGCUCUGGAAGAACUCGAUCACAAUAUCCACAACGUCAUCCAGGCACAACAAUUAAAGUUGCAAAAAAUGACGACUGCUGAUAUGUUGGAAACGCUCAAAGAAAAGAUUAUAGCUGACGAUGUAUAUCUAGAAGAGUUGGAAAUCGACCAGAUGCGCGUGAAUUUCGUGAACAACGUGGACAUGCAGUCGGAGAAGAUAAUUCCUCUGGAAGCUGAAGAAUUCAUAAAUCUGUUACGUACAAAAAAUCUCAUUAUACACGAUCUCGAAGUUGACUCUCUCUGCGGAAUACCACCCGAACACUGGCUGUUACAAAAUGACGAAGGAAUCGCAUCUGCCAUUGCAAACAGCUCCGUCGAAUAUACAAACGACACUCUUACACUGCAUUCGGAUUUGACAAUACCGAAAUUGAAGAUUAAAAGCCUGAAUGGAACAAUCAUCGAUCAGUUGAUCGACGAUCUAUUCAUCAUUAAUCGCGCUCAGAAAAUCAAUGGUACGAUUACGUAUAAGAACUUGCUGCAAGUUACGAACCUUACAGCACAGAUGGUGAACGGUGUUUUUGCUGAUAAAUUCAUGACGACGACAACAAAUCAGAGUUUUGAUGAUUUUUAUGCGGAAACGUUACACAUUGAAAAUCUGUAUGCGGAAAGAGUUAAUGGGGUGCCCAUUGAGGAAGCUGCACGAAAGUCUCGAGAGAACGUUAUUAAUGGUAAAUUAAAACUAGCGAAACUUACCGUCACCAAGAAUUUGGUGAUCGAUACGAAUGAGUCUAUAAUAAAAAUACCUGACAAGUGGUUUCAGACCUACAAAAAUGUCACGAUAUUUGGUGAUUUGUAUGUUCAGAAUAUCAUGGUCGAUAACACAGCGGAGCUUUUCGUGGAAGAUAAUUUAGUAAAUGUGACCGAUAUGUUCGAUCGAUAUUGGACAAAAUCUACCAAUCAGAAUAUCAUUGAAAAUAUCACCUUAGAAACCGGAUUCACUAUCGACGAACUCAAUACUAAGUACCUCAACGGUUUCGCGGAGAGCGACUUUCUAUACACGACGAUGAAGGAGAUACCAAGCGAUUUCACUAAUCUGCGCUUCGAGAACUUCCAUGUCGAUCAAUUCUUUCACGAAAACGGUCCUCACGAUAAUUUCUUCGAAAAUGAAUCAAAUUCACUAACGAUCCGAGAAAAAUUACACGUGCAAACUCUCCAAGCGAAAGAUAUCAUUACUCUAACUUUCAAUGGCAUCAAUGUCAACGACAUCAUAAAUGAAAAGCGUGUGAAUUUCUCAGGAACUGUGGAACUUUCCGCUGCUCAAGCACGUCGCGCUUUCGUUGAUAAUCUCGAUGUCCGUUUUCUCAAUCAACAUGAAGUCUUCUUCAAAAACGGGCUUUGCACCCACGACAAACAUCAACUGGCAUUCUUAAAGGUACCAGAGUUUCACGUACGAAAUUUGGAAGUGGAGAUAUUGAAUGGAAUUGAGAUAAAUCAGACGCGAUUGAGAGAUUUGAUGAAUUCUAAAUCGAUCAAAGUCGUCAUCGACGGUGACUUGACGGUGGAGAAUCUGAUGGUCGAUCAAGUGGGCGGGCGAUCGACCGAGAGCUUCUUACAAGAAUUGUGGCAGAGCGAUACCGUGAUAACGUCGGAAAGAAUCAUCGAGGACUUGGUUGUUCAGAACAUAACAAUAGAAUCUCUUCGUGGACGCAACUUUAAUGAUUGGACCGCCAGUGUUCUUUCUAAAUCAAAGGAGCAAACGAUAAUAGGACACUUCUCUGCUGAUGUUGUCACUUCCGACAACGUCACAGUGGAUUUUAUCAACAAACAAAACGCUUCGCAGCUGAUGUGGAUCGACGAGCCUCUGACAAUCACAGGCAACGUAAUGUUCACCGAUUUAUUUGUCGAAGGCGACGUGAUUACUCCAAAGAUGAACGGAUACAACGUAAGCGAGUUAUACGAUAGCUUGUUAUACAUUCCUAUAAAGAAUAUCGAUCUCUUGGAAGUCCAUGGAAAUAUUUCUUGGGACACAGACUCGAGCAGUCCUGCCUCAAUCUCUUAUCUAUUAAAUAACGCCGUGACCAAAUAUAGCGACCAAAUUAUCACGGGAAAUGUGAUCUUUGAGAAGGACGUUCGUGCGAGGGCGGUUAGAGGUAAUUACUCUGACAUUGAGCAAAUUCAACAAAUAAUAUCGGAUGCUGUAAUCGAUGAUGGAGAACACAUUGAGAUCAACGGAACGAAAAUCUUCAAGGAAGACUUUGUCGUGGACAGUUUGAAAGUGAACGGCGAUCUAGGUAUUGCCAAUAUCAACGACGUGAACAUCCUCGAGUUCAAUAAUUCUAUCUUUAGGCAAAAUCACGACGACAUGAUUGUUGGUCCGUUAACAUUCCUCAAGGAAGUCACGGUCGAGAAGCUCUACGUAGUAAACAACGCUGGUCUCAAUGCGUCCGUCAACGCAGCGGUCCGUUCCAAUGACGUUAUGCCAGAUAAUAUUUAUUUCGAGGAGCUCGAAGUGUUGGGUGAUGUGUAUCUACAAACUUUGAAUAAAGUUGACUUUGACAAGUUUGUAAAGGAUCGUGUCACUCUUAGCGGAGAUCAUGAAAUCUCGUGCGACGUAAAAUUCAAUGGUAUCGUUACAGUAACAGGCAAUGCAAACAUAAAAAAAAUUAAUGGAAUUUAUCCAUCUGAUUUUGUCCUCAAUGAUGUUGACGAGGUACAAAUAAUAAAUGGCGUAAAGACUUUCAAAGAGGAUUUGACAAUCGAUGGAGAUGUUGUUGCGCCACGAAUUAACAGUAUCAAUAUGAUGAAAAAAUAUAAUGACAGUGUACAAAAUACUGAUGGAAAUGUCGACAUUUUUGGUGACCUUAUUUUCAAGGCGGAUGUUAGGAUUAAAAACAUAAGUACUUCUGGUUUGGUGAAUGGCGUGAAUUUGUGUUCCAUCGUCGCGAAUAUCAACAGAGAUACAGAUGAAACUAUUAAGGACUUGGAGGAACGUUGGAAAAUAAUUGAACAAAAUAUCGAAUACAGCUCACAAAUGUCCAAAACCUUGCGCAACGUAUUUUUCUAUCUAGAGCAGGAAGAGGAUUUGAAGAUACCUGGGACCAAUGUCAGUAAGAUCGACGUAGUGUAUUUUGAUGAGAACACGAUCAGAUUAAAUAUGUAUAGGGAGCAGCCUGGAAGAUUUUGCGGGCUACUCGACAACUGUUCGUGUAUGAAUCAGUCUGUGAUUGAUCUCGUAAGUGACACCAACAGAACUAUACGAGAGUGGCAAGUGAACGCCGGGGAGAUUGUGAAAAAUUUUCACGAUCCAGACGAGAUGUUCGGCGUAAACGUAAUAACGAACGCUGUCUCAAGCAGCAAGGAAUGCACCUCAACGGAAGCCAAACCAGAAUAUACUACAAUUUCCUUGAUAACUUUAGAAAAGUUUAAAAUAAAUUACAAAGAAGUUUUUCAUAAAAUAGAAGGAUACUUAAAGGAUGCCAAAAUUUUUAAACACGACGGUGAUGUGUAUAUAGUUCUGGCGAUAUACUAUGAUAAAGUACGCGCAACACAUCGUACAAAUUGCCUGCUUUAUAGAGUGCAUUCGAUGAGAAACACAACGUUAAUCCAGGAAAUUCCUACGGAUGGUGCUUGGUCCAUUCAGAUCUUUAAUAUCGAUCACGAAGUAUUUCUUCUCAUCGGCUGUUUCGGCGAGUCUUUGAAAUCUUCAUUAUACAAAUUCGAUCCAAUAACACAAAAGUUCGAACAGUUGAGAACAUUCACAAGCAGAAGCCGUUACGUAAAGAGUCUGUCACAAGGAAAAGAUUAUUUUGUUUUACUGGACAAUCCUGAUACAAAUGCAGUAAACAUUUACAAAUACGAUCCUGAGUUUCGAAAUUUUUAUAGUUAUCAAAGCAUUUUUCAUUCCCAUCAGAUUAACGGAAUUGAGUACUUCUACACCGAUGAGUUUAGCAACAGCGAUAUAUUUGUGAUUGUGACGACCCAGAGUGGACAGUUUUAUAUUUACGAAUAUAUGUUCGCCGGGAAAUUUCAAAUGAAAAUGCAACAUGCCGUGAACGAUUUACGAACGAUGAUGCCAUUCUAUUACAUGAAUAAUCAUUAUAUUUUGGUUGGCACAGACGACAACAACAUAAUUUUCCGAAUUGUAAAACAGGGUCCACAUUAACGCAACGAAUUUAGAAAUCGGCAGAAAAUGAAUUUUGUAUAUAUCUAUGCACAUAUAUUGAUAAAUAUUUAUUUAUUAUAAAUCGCCGAAAGUCAUCUAUGUAGCAUAC